AUGGGCUCCUUUGAGAUCUUGUUCAAUGUAGCAGCCUUCGUGGCCGGCCUCUCCCUCCUCGAGCGAGGAGCCAAGCUCUUUGUCUCGAGCGCCACCACGCUGGCCAAACGCCUGCACCUCCCCGAGAUGCUCGUCGCCAUCCUGAUCGCGGGCGCAGAGUGGGAGGAGCUGGCCGUCGUGGCCCUCAGCUUGGCGCAGCGCCGGCCCGCCCUCGCGGUGGGCAACAUCAUCGGCAGCUGCGUGGCCAACAUCUUUGGCGCCUUCGCCCUCGGCCUGGUCUUCUCCACCGGCGCCUGGGAGGGCUUCGACCGGAGCUCCAAGGCCGCCUGCGUGGCCCUGCUGGCCCUGACGAGCGUCGUGGCCUUGUUCGCGCUGGCGGAUAUCCUCUGGAACCGCGUCGUGGCGGGCUUGCUGCUUGUGUCCUUUGUCGUGUACGUGGUGCUGGUGCUGUGGACCAUCUGGAGGGCCAUGUUCUACACGGAACAGCCCGAUGAGACCGAGGAUAUCGAGUCCGGCGCCGCUGCACACGACCAUCUUGACGACACGUCCUCGGUCGACACUUUUGGCUCCUCCUCUACCGCCAGCCACCAUCAUGCCGCUGGAGAAGCCGGCGAGUCAGACCCUCUCGUUCCCAAGCACGGCAGCUCCUCCUCCUCCUCGCCCUCGUUUUACUCCUCCAGACUCAGAAAGUUCCACCACACCCUCAUCCCGAUCCUCAAGCUCGUGUGCGGCUUCGUGGCCCUGACGGUCAGCGGCUUCAUCCUGUCGCACACCUCCACGCACCUCGCCGCCUCCUUCGACAUGUCGGACGCAGCCUUUGGCGCCACCGUCCUGUCCCUCGCCACGUCGCUGCCCGAGAAGUUCGUCGCGGUCAUGAGCAGCACCCGGGGCCACACGGGCCUGCUCGUCGCCGACGCCGUCGGAAGUAAUGUGUUCCUGCUGACGCUGUGCCUCGGCAUCGCGGCCUGGAGUAUCGCUGCGCACGGCUGGCACGACCACCCGGCCGAUGGCCGCUUGGGCUUUGUGAGCAUCUCGCGUAUCGAGGCCUGGUGGCUGUGGGCUGCGGCUGUCGCCUUGACGGUCGUCGUCGCUGUUGGGGGCAAGGGGGUUUGCAAGGUUGCCGGCGUGCGGCAAAUGCUGGGCGCCUUGAUGUUAGUUGCAUAUGGAGGCUUUUUGGCAGUCGAGUUCACGAUUUUGCGAGGUUGA